AUGUCAGAACUACAACCAAUCAAUCAGCCAGAGGGACCUUUAGGGAUUUUCUCUGGUGAGAGCUCUUCGAAUCAAGCCUUAAACGAGCCAAAACCACCGGAUAUUGACCGAAAUCCACACGACCAUGUCGCACCCCCUGAUCUGAUGGACCUCGAUGGCGAGUCCUCAGAUGCCGUAGAAACCGGCGAAUUGGAGCCAUCUUUCGUGACAGCAGGAUCAGUUAUUGCUGAUGACUCUUUUGACGAUACCCAAGAAGCCUCAAACGCUUUAAACACCUUGAACGAAGGGCCAGAAAUGUCGACUAUGGACAGCUUUGAAACCUCAGUUUCGAAAAAUUCUUCACAUCACGUGAUCGAGGAAGAACACGACCCAGUUUUGGCUGCAAAAGGAGAUACUGUUAUGAUAUCUCAAAAUCCUACUUCCAUUAGCGAUUGGCUAAAGUCUACAUCCACCAGUGACUCCGUUGAAAUUACAAAUGUUUAUAUUAAAGAAAAAAACCCUAAAUCCCAAAAAAAAUCCUUUCAGAAAAUGAAGAAAUCAAAAAAAAAUAACCUCAGGAGCUCCUCUUACCGAUCUGAUCUGGAACGGUCAGAAUUCCUCGCUCCAACAUCACAAAAACAAUUCAUCAAUUAA